AAAUUCAAACGUUACUGGAGUAUUUAUAUUCAUUCGUUUUUUUAACAAAUUUGACUUUUUUGCUUGCUCAGCACUUUCGGUCAAUCAUUUCCUUGUGAUCAUUUGAGACGGCAUUUGAUCCACUAGAUUUAAACCUUUCGUGUUCUAGAAUCUGUCUCAGCCUUCUGUCUAGCCUUCCCUAAGCUCCUGAUCAACCACCGACUUUCGAUUACACUUCAUACUCCGCAUCAUAGGCACUACUGGUACUCCUAAUCAUAGGCAAUAUACUCAUAUAUAAAGCUACCCUGUUCCUCUAACUCAAGCAUGGUCUACCAUACACAAUCAGGUUACUUGUUUGUCUAACAUACCUUGAGACAUUCAGAGCCUCGUCAUAUCUUUCUAGCGGAGGCAAAUCGACAUACUGCGAAACGGCACAGAGCUUACUGUGACCAUGGAUUUUACGAAACUACGAGCAGCUGCGCUGAACAACGGGGAUGAUGAAGAGGCUGUUACCGUUAAUACAAGAGCUUUGAUAGAUAAAGUACUAGCUAGAUACUCCGGAGAAUGGACGACCUUACGAGAAUUAAUCCAAAAUGCUGCCGACGCGCAGGCGACGACUGUUACAAUCAAAUUCGAGACCUUACCCUCGAUACAGGUCCCAACGCCGAAUACCACAAACCAGUCAGAAAUAUUGAAACAUGUUCUGUUAAACCAUACACUGAAGAGGUUAUUAGCCACCAACAAUGGGCAAGCAUUUGGAGUCAAUGAUUGGUCGAGGUUGAAGAGAAUAGCUGAGGGGAAUCCUGAUGAAACGAAGAUUGGAGCCUUUGGCGUAGGCUUCUACAGUGUUUUCGCCGAUUGCGAGGAUCCUUUUGUCAGUUCAGGAGAUCAGGCUAUGGCUUUUUACUGGAAGGGGAACUCCUUAUUUACCAAGAAGAUACAAUUGCCUCCUAGUGAAGCGAAUCCAAAUACCAGCUUCGUCCUUGACUACCGAAAUAAUACAACGCCAAUGCCGAAUCUUCUCUCUAUAGCCCAAUUUCUGGCAACAAGUUUGACGUUUGUGGCUUUACAAAAUAUUGAAUUAUAUGUGGAUGAUUACAAGAUUAUCUCAUUGAAGAAGAAAUCAGCACCAAGUUAUAAUGUACCUAUCGCAAGGGAUGUUGAAACAAGAUCGAAAGAAGGGCUCAUGAAAGUUCAAAGUCUUGAGAGAGAAAGCGUGCAGAUGGAUGCAACUUUCAUGAGUGUUGUAGGCUGGAAACCUUCCAAGCCAUCCACAUCGAAGCCCUCUUAUGAUAAUAGUUACGGGAGUUCUGAUAUACCUUCUCUCCGUACCUUCUUCUCCAGACUUACUUCAAAUAAUAGCCAGGCUCAACAAAAAGCAAAAGCAUUGCAAGAGGAAAAGGCCAUGCAAGAAGUGCUACUGGAAGAUUUAACAGCUUUGACAACUACUAAUGUCUUUUUACGCGUUACUACGGCAAUGAUCAAGACUUACAUUCAGCCAAGUUUUGCAGCCGAGUUGGAACGAGCGACCAAGAAACCACCUCCCAAGACAACCAAAUUAGCUAUCCUAACGUCAUCUUAUGAUGAAACCGAAGCAUCUGCAAAUGAUAGUCUAGUUUCGAAGAACGUCGAUGUCUUUGCAUCUGUUCUUCCAGGAAAGAAACCUGGUGGGCGAGUAUUCAUUGGUUUCCCAACUCAUCAAACCACCGGAGCGGGUAUGCAUCUCUCAGCGCCGUCAGUUAUUCCAACGGUAGAGCGAGAAUCUAUUGAUUUAAAUGCACGGUAUGUACGAACAUGGAAUCUUGAGAUGCUCAGAGUUGCCGGAAUCAUGGCGAGAUUAGCAUUUUCCAAUGAAAUGUCUGAUCUUGCUGAGAAGGUUAAACGUGCUACUCAAUCCAAUGGAAAUGGAAAUAAAGUUACGAAGCGUGAGAUUGAACAGUUUAUACCUGAAGCUGCACAUAUUCUGAAAACAUUUACGUUCGGAGAUUCUACUCCCAGUUCUCAAGUUGCACAGGUUAUCGAAGAAGCAUUCUGGACAGCGUAUAAACAGGCAUCCAUUGAAGUCUACAGCACUAGGAGUGUUCUCCCCACGACAAAGGUCCGGUUGGCUACGGAAGAUUUGAGUGGCUUUGUCGAGGGAAUCCCCGUAGUUCCAGAUGCACUCGUCAAGUCUGAGUUCGUGCAAAAGUUGAAGGACUUUGAGCUUAUCACCGAAAUUACGAUUGGUGAUGUCAAGCAGGAGCUUGAAGCAAAGGCACUUACUAAGGAGCAACUGAUCCAGUUUCUUAAAUGGGCAGGUCGUAAGGCUGUGCUGCGUGAAAUUGAUGCCCAGACUGUUCUCUCUUUAUUCGACGUUGCAGUAGCUACACUUGGGGAUGAUAGUAACCAGGGUGGAAUUAUCGCGCUGGGCAGCAUCACCAAUUAUUUGAAUGUUGCCAGGAUACCUCCCGAGGCUCCAGUUCCUCCAACGACAAUUCCCUUCGAAUUUACUCGAGAAUGUCAACCAAACGAGCUCCAGGCACUCGGAUGGGAGCCUCUUGAGAUUGUGCCGUGGUUACGUUAUUUGAUAGAAACAAAAGAUAGAAAUGGGCCUGCGCAAAACAUAACUACGACUCCACAAUUCGCGGCUAAGGUUCUUCAUAUUAUUUCAAAGUCAUGGGAAGGUAUGAGUGCCAACUCGAAAGCGAGUGUUAUAUCACUACUUUCGCCCUUGACCGUCAUUCCAACUAAGUGCGGUAUGAAGAAACCUGGUGAAGCUUUCUUCGAAAGUGUAAAGCUUUUUGAGGAUCUACCUACUCUUACAAACUGUCCAGGUGUCAAAGAAAAGUUUCUUGCAGCUAUUGGAGUACGAAAGACAGUAGAUCUGGAGACAAUUUUCAAUCGACUUCUCGCACCUAACACACAAGCUAAAGAGGGCGAGGUCUCCAAGAGCAGUCGUCACAUGGACUUGAUCAAGUAUCUAGCAUCAGUGAAGGAUGAUAUUCCGCUAGAAGAUCUCAAGAGAUUGAGAGAAUCACAAAUUUGCCCCGCUGAAGCAGGACCCCCAGGUCAAGAAUCAUCACAAGGCACUGCCCGAAUGUACAAAGUUCGUGAACUCUUCGAGCCUAAAGAUGAUCUCAGAAACCUGGGGCUACCAAUAAUCCAAUGGCCAGGGGCACAUUUCAAUUCUAGAUCAAAUGAAGGCCGUUUCUUGGCCAUGCUUGGAUUGAGAUCCUUCCCUGCCGUCCCUGAACUUAUUGAUUUGAUGUCAUCAACUGAUUUUAUUCUCCGAGACAAGGCUAUGGUUUACUUCUUAGCGAACCAUCACACUAAUGGUUAUGCGUCUUUUGAUGUCAGUGCCACUAUGAAAGCAAUUCUCCCGAUUGAAGGUGAUGAGAAACGAAGAGUUGCACCUCUGGAGUGCUUCACGAAUGAAAAGAGCUCCGUUCUUGGCUUCGAUAUCUUACGACAAGACGUUCGAAUUCAUGCCGAUAAAUUUGGUGUUGCAGUUAAUCCCUCGAUAACAGAAUGCGUCAAUCGGCUCAUCCAAAACCCACCGAAGAGUCGUCGUGAGGCCCUCACCCUUUUCGCUUACUUUUCGAGUAGACUUGGUGAACUUGGUCUCCAUAGUUGCAUCAAACUUGGUGAUUCUGCUAUUGUCCCUGUGCCUGAUCAUGGACAAACGCCGAAAGGGCUCUUUAAUGAGAUGGUGCAGCAGUCUACCAAGAUCAAGUACCUCACACCUCGACAAUGUUACUUGGGAAGUUCUUCGGAAUAUAGCAACAUUUUUGACUUUGUUGAUUUUGGAACCGAGGCCAAUGCCUUUCUUUUGAAAUGUGGGUCUAAGAAUGAGCCUACUAAAUUGGAACUUGCUGCUUUAGUUUGUCAAGAACCUGCUCGCCUUCUUGGAAUCAUGCAGAGUCCUGAAAAGUACUUGAACCUUUUAAGGUCUCUUGCAGUUGAUUUACCCAUGUUGAAAAAAGAUAAGCCUCUUUUCAGGCAAAUGAAGCUUUCUAAAUUCCUUCUUGGAUCUAAGGAAAUCUCAGCUGCAAAGGAAAGGCCAAAGUCAACCAGUCUCCUAGAUGAGCAGGAAUCUGAAGUGGAAGAACUGGAAGAUGCUCCACUCAAACAAUGGCAUUUGGAGCAGCCUAAUCAGAUUGUUGUUGUUGAUGAUUAUAAUAGCUACCGUCUCUUCAAAGAGAAUCUGAUUUGUGCACCUUUGGAGGAUAAACUGGAAGAGUUCUAUCUUGCACUCGGGUCUGCCAAUCUUAGUGAAAUUGUACAAGAAGAUCUCCGCGUUGGUGAGGCCGUUCCGUACCAAGGAGAUUCCUCCAAACUCCGGAAGCAUAUUCUUGAGAGAACAAAACUCUUCUUGCAUGAAUCACCUCGAGAGAAUGUGAGGCGAGAUAGUCGAUGGCUGGAGAAGAAUUUGACGGUAUCAACUGUAAGUGGUAUACAAGUCAGGCGGUCUUUGAGAGGUCAUAAUUUGUCGAAUACAGAGAAGAGAACUGCUGCCUGUGUCCAAGGGCGACAUGAAGGAUUGCAACUCUUGGUUACUAAUGCAUACGAUACAUAUCAAAUCAGUCAGGCUAUGUGUAAGCACUUGCUAGCUCGCCCGCAGCAACAGUCUUACCUGACAUUCGAGUCCUUCCUUACUCUAUCCUUGAUGCAAUUACGUUCUCGUGGUUAUAAUGUGGAAAGAAUUCUGAGAGCCAAGGCAGCUGAAGCUAGAAUUGCAGAAGAGGAACGCAAGCGACAGCUUGCCAUAGAGCAAGAACAGAUCAAGGAGCAAGAAAAUCAAUGGCAACAAGACCGCAAUAAACAGGCUGCUGUGGCUUCGGCAGCUGCACGAGAGGAAACCCGCCGUGAUUCUCAUGUUGCAAUGCCUGGCGCAUUUGGUUCCGAUUCCCCGUCACCACCACAGGUCAAGAAAGAGAAGAAUCGUGGAUUGUUUGCAAAUCUUACACGUCGAUUAGGUCUUGACAACAGUGAUGAUGAAUCACCAAGAUCCCCUACCACACGUGCACCAUUAUCCGAAGAUGCGCCACCACCUUAUAGCGAGACUGCUGGGCAGAAGCCACAGACAGAAAGUGUCACCUCUAACGGAGCCAUCAAACAAAACCUUCUUAAUGCCAUUCAAGCAUCUAGAGCCCAUGACUCUUCUGAUCUUUUCUCGCCCCCCUCUGCAAAUCAGGUUAAAGAACAAGCCGAAUAUUGUGAUUCAGCUUCUGGCCAAAACCUCACAUACUUUGCCGAUACUUCUAAUGGCACACGAGUCUUCACAUCCAACGAUAGGAUCAAUCCUAACGGCCCCAAUUUAACAGAUUUCUUAGCUGGCAAUGUCUCUUCUCUCAACGUUUUCGCAACUUUACUUCAUGAAGCGGCGGAUAUAUAUAAUUUGCCCCGAAAAGCUAUCCAUAUCUUUUAUGAUGACCAUGGGAAUACGAUUGCUUUUAAUAGCAAGGGCAGUAUCUUUUGUAAUUUUAGAUUCUUUGAACAGUUGCAUCUCAAGAAGCUGGAAUUGAAGGGUGGAGAGGAAAAGGUUGAGGCGGGCGCUUAUUGGUGGGUAGUACUUGCGCAUGAGUUGGCUCAUAAUUUGGUUAGUGCGCAUAAUUCGGAUCAUAGUUUCUAUACGUAAGUAUUCUCUUUCUUAUCCUUAGUCUCUUAUUGGGAGUUGGUCGCCCGGGGACGAAAUAAAGGGGGGGAUAGGAGAUGAAUGUAUCAAAACAAUGGAAUGCUAACAACAUGCCAAAUAGCGAACAACUUAUUGCGAACUACUUUCCAAAAAUGAUAGCAAGAGCAGCUAAAUACACUGCAGUAUCGCCAACACCAAGAGAGGCUACUGAAGGACGAAGUUCGAGUUCUAAUUAAUCCUAGACUUAACUUCAAAAACGAUAAACGAUUUGAUGCUGAGGCAAGGAGUUUUACUUUUUACAUAUUUUAUCAUUCUCAGGUGUACAUGGUGUAGGUGGUCUAGAACAUAUAGAUAUGUAUCAUGAUGCAGUAAGGUUUGCAUAGAUAUGGCGUUUUCAUGGAUUAGAUUAUUUUGGGGAUAUACAUACAUAGGAUAUUAAUAGUUUGGUUCGGUUUGCGUUGGGUCUUCUUUUCUGAUGGAGAAGGGUAGGAUAGAAUAUGAGAUUGUAAGUAAAUGAAUAGAUACAUAAAUUUGUGCUUCUAAAUA